AGAUAUGUUACAUACUCUACCCUGGGGAUGAAUCAGAGGAGGGAAAGAUCCUUCGGUUGAAGCAACAAUAUACCUUAUGCUCGGCUUCUCUCCAAGAUAUUAUUUCUCGAUUUGAGAGGAGAUCAGGUGAUCGUAUUAAGUGGGAAGAGUUUCCUGAAAAAGUUGCUGUGCAGAUGAAUGACACUCACCCUACACUUUGUAUCCCUGAGCUGAUGAGAAUAUUGAUAGAUCUGAAGGGCUUGAAUUGGAAUGAAGCUUGGAAUAUUACUCAAAGAACUGUGGCCUACACAAACCAUACUGUUUUGCCUGAGGCACUGGAGAAAUGGAGUUAUGAAUUGAUGCAGAAACUGCUUCCCAGACAUGUCGAAAUCAUUGAGGCGAUUGACGAGGAGCUGGUACAUGAAAUUGUAUUAAAAUAUGGUUCAAUGGAUCUGAACAAAUUGGAGGAAAAGUUGACUACAAUGAGAAUCUUAGAAAAUUUUGAUCUUCCCAGUUCUGUUGCUGAAUUAUUUAUUAAGCCUGAAAUCUCAGUUGAUGAUGAUACUGAAACAGUAGAAGUCCAUGACAAAGUUGAAGCUUCCGAUAAAGUUGUGACUAAUGAUGAAGAUGACACUGGUAAGAAAACUAGUGUGAAGAUAGAAGCAGCUGCAGAAAAAGACAUUGACAAGAAAACUCCCGUGAGUCCGGAACCAGCUGUUAUACCACCUAAGAAGGUACGCAUGGCCAACUUGUGUGUUGUGGGCGGCCAUGCUGUUAAUGGAGUUGCUGAGAUCCAUAGUGAAAUUGUGAAGGAGGAGGUUUUCAAUGACUUCUAUGAGCUCUGGCCGGAAAAGUUCCAAAACAAAACAAAUGGAGUGACUCCAAGAAGAUGGAUUCGUUUCUGCAAUCCUCCUCUUAGUGCCAUCAUAACUAAGUGGACUGGUACAGAGGAUUGGGUCCUGAAAACUGAAAAGUUGGCAGAAUUGCAGAAGUUUGCUGAUAAUGAAGAUCUUCAAAAUGAGUGGAGGGAAGCAAAAAGGAGCAACAAGAUUAAAGUUGUCUCCUUUCUCAAAGAAAAGACAGGGUAUUCUGUUGUCCCAGAUGCAAUGUUUGAUAUUCAGGUAAAACGCAUUCAUGAGUACAAGCGACAACUGUUAAAUAUCUUCGGCAUCGUUUAUCGGUAUAAGAAGAUGAAAGAAAUGACAGCUGCAGAAAGAAAGACUAACUUCGUUCCUCGAGUAUGCAUAUUUGGGGGAAAAGCUUUUGCCACAUAUGUGCAAGCCAAGAGGAUUGUAAAAUUUAUCACAGAUGUUGGUGCUACUAUAAAUCAUGAUCCAGAAAUCGGUGAUCUGUUGAAGGUAGUCUUUGUGCCAGAUUACAAUGUCAGUGUUGCUGAAUUGCUAAUUCCUGCUAGCGAUCUAUCAGAACAUAUCAG